AUGACAUCCUACAUCACAGGGCUCCUCCUGAAGAUCCAUAUGCCUGACGUGUCAGGCCUGGCCAUUGCAAAUGACAACACCAAAGCCCCCUCCAUCAAUUACAUAAGCAUGUAUAGUCCCGAGCUCGUGCUGCCCAAGGCCGAGUCCUACGAAGAACUACAUAAAAUGAUUCUUUUUUUCGCCGAUCCUUCGAAUCAAAUAGACAAAUCCACCCAAUUGAGUCUAGUCGGGCUCAUCCGAGGGUCCUGUUCCCUAGCAACCCAGUUUAAUCCGAAAAGCGGCCCUACUACCAUAAGUGUGGAAGGAGGUGCUAUAGUGGUUGUGGAAGUUGAAAAGGGGAUAUUUAUGGCUUGCUCCUUGGCCUUGUCCACAGACUCGGACCUGCAAAGAAGACUCGUUGAGAUACAGAUAGAGAGGCUCCUACAAAGGUUCCAUAGCUACUUCAAGAUUCUACACUAUCAGGCCGAAAGCAUGUUUGACGGCAAUUUCCAAGAGCUGCAUGGCCCAAUUCUCGAGGAUUUCUACAUGGGACUUAUCAAUAAUUACAACGAGGGAAUCUUGUCGAGGAGACUUAAAAGAGCCUUGAUCUGGCCUAACUCGCUCUGCUACCAGGGCGUUUUCCUGUUCUUCCCAAGCAACUCCUAUAAAUCCCUGUCUGUGAGAGUUCCUGAUUCUCAAAGACCCGAUCUUGAGGCAGUCUGGGAGAAAGCGUCAGUAAAGCCUUCUGCAGUAUUUGUGGCCAACUUGGAUAAGACCAUACCUAAACGAGAGGGUCUCAUCUACAAAAAUCCCGGGGAUAUCCAUGGCGAAGCUGUGCUUGAGGUGUACAGAUUACUCGAAUUCUUCUCGUACCAUGAUGCGCUUGAUAGCACGAGACUUGGUCUGAGGAGGAUGUUCAGGGGGAUGUUUUCAGGUGGUGAUAGUAAGGAUGUUUCGCCACUGCCUGAACUUCUUCAUCCUUCUUCCCUAGCCCAGACGCUUGUGGUGCUGCCGCUCUCUACAACACUAGAUGGUAUUAAGUUUCUUGGACUGACUGUGAAUGAGCAGCUUCCGUCAACGUGGAUUCCGUUCUAUCGUGGUCAACAGCAACAAGAACAACAAGAACAAUCACAGCUGCCACUGCAGCAUGAGCCAUCACCUUCAGAACAUUCCUCGAUUACCUCCCUGGAGCCCAAGAAAGGCAAAUUUGUAAUGGGGCCAGAUGAAGACGGCAAUAUUUACCUGCUUUUAGUGUACUUGCCUGUCCUGAAGAAUGGCACCACCACUAUUGAAGAGUUCCUGGUGGUGGUGUACGUCGAGGAUAGCAUAUUGGUAACCCUCAUCUACGAGUCUAGUUUCCAAGAGCUAGUCAUUCCUAGUUUCUUUGAGGAGCUCAGGAUGAAUGUUUGUGAACCAGCAUUGGAGAUAAUCAACGAUUGUGUCGCCUUGACUGCUGGCGGAAUGACCCUUCAAAGCAGCAUUUCCUCGUUGCCGAACCCCGUGAACAAUAUCAUCAGCGGGAGAAACGAAAACAAUGAAUCGAACGAAAUAGACAGCGACUUUUUCUUCAUUGUCUACGACACGAAAGAUGGCUCAUUUCAAAGCUCGCUUCCGUGGCUUCCUCAAGACGUUCCUCAAGAUAUCGGGAAGGAGAUGGCGCAGGUAUCCUACCAAUACCAGAAUGCCUUUUUCCAUCUCCAUGAUCAGCUAGCGGACUACUUUGUCGUGAGGGAAGCGGGGCUGUUGUUUCAAGCUGGUGCUGUCAAAGAACAUCUCCACAAGUACUCAACCAACAAGUACAACGACUGGCUCAUGUACUUCAUCAGACACCGCCACAAGUCGAUCCCUGUGGACAUCCUCGGUGUAUGA